AAAAAUCUCCUCUCCUUCCCCGUUGCUUACUAACUUCCUCUCCUGUACGUAUGUCUCUGCUAAUUCUUUCAACUUGACUCCAUCAAUGGAAGGAGCCAUCUUCCCGAACCGCCCCUCCUCCCCUCUCCAUCCAACCAAACCCCGCAAGAAAACAUCCACUCAACCUCCCCAACACCUAAAGUUCGGGCCUUCCCUUCCCCCUCCUCCCCCUCCUUCAUCUCCUUCACUGCCCAUCGACUCCCUUCUCCUCCUUCUCACCCAGCACAACCCACCUGCAUCUUCCUCCUCCACUUCCGCUGCUCCUGACCGCCGCCACCCACUAUUUUCUUCCAUUGAUGAACCGUUCACCGCACUUUCCAACGACCCCCGCCUUGCCUUCCUCUCCCCCAAAGCCAAUUUCUUUCUCGGUCGCAUCCUCUCCCAACCUCUCCCAUCGCUCCCCUCCUUCCUCUGCUCCUCCAAAGCUGACAUUCUCGCCGUCGACUCCGUCGGCCUUCUCAAAGCCCUCGACAUCGCCGGAGACUGGGAGCGCGCUCUUUUGCUCUUCCAAUGGCUAGCUACGGAUGCUAAAUCCAAGCUUGACUCUCCGGCCAUCGAGAUCAUUGUCCGGGUCCUCGGCCGCGAGUCACAGCACUCCCUUGCCUGCAAACUGUUCGACUCGAUCCCCCUGGAAAAGUACCUUAUCGAUAUCCGCGCUUACACCAGUCUCCUCCACGCCUAUUCCCGAUCAGGCAAGUUCCAGAGCGCCGUCGACUUGUUUGAGCAGAUUAAGAACAAGGAUCUUGUGCCCACUAUUGUCACCUACAACGUCAUGCUGGAUGUCUAUGGAAAGAUGGGCGGAUCAAGGACUCAAAUUUUACACCUUUUGGAUGAGAUGAGAGGCAGAGGUUUGGAAUUUGAUGAAUUCACUACGAGCACUGUUAUCGCCGCUUGUGGGAGAGAUGGGUUGGUCGAUGAGGCUGUGGAGUUUUUUCACCAAUUGAAGUCCCAGGGUUUUUCACCUGGGAUUGUUACUCACAAUGCUCUCCUUCAGGUUUUUGGGAAAGCUGGGAAUUUGCCACAGGCAUUGAGAGUUCUCAAGGACAUGGAAGAGAGUGGCUGCACUGCAGAUUCAGUAACGUACAAUGAGCUAGUUGCAACUUAUGUUAGAGCUGGGUUUUAUGAAGAGGGUGCUGCCUUGUUGGAUACAAUGGCCAGUAAAGGAAUCACUCCCAAUGCUGUUUCUUAUACCACAGUGAUCAAUGGCUAUGGAAAGGCUGGGAAGGAAGAUGAGGCAUUGAGUUUGUUCAGAAAAAUGAAGGAACUUGGCUGUGUUCCAAAUGUUUGUACCUACAAUACUAUCCUUGGAAUGCUUGCAAAAAAGUCGAGGAACUCAGAAAUGCUUGAUAUACUCUUUCAGAUGAGAUCUGAUGGCUGUGUUCCUAAUCGUAUCACCUGGAACACAAUGCUUGCUUUGUGUGGAAAGAGAGGCAUGGAGCACUUUAUCAACCAAGUGUUUGUCGAAAUGAAGAGUUGUGGUGUCGAACCAGAUCGUGAUACCUUUAAUACUAUGAUUUCUGCCUAUGGAAGGUCUGGCUCAGGCAAUCGAGCUUUGAAAUUGUAUGAGGAAAUGACUGAAGCUGGAUUUUGCCCUUCUCUUACAAGUUACAAUGCGCUGCUGAACGCAAUUGCUAGAAAAGGUGACUGGCUUGCUGCUGAAUCUGUUUUGGAUGAUAUGAAACACAAGGAAUGCAAACCUAAUGAACUUUCUUAUUCCUUACUCCUCCAAUCCUAUGCAAAGGCUAGACAUGUUGAAGGAAUAGCAGCAUUCGAGGAAAAAGUUUAUGCCGGCGAGAUAUUCCCAAGCUGGGUUGUUUUAAGAACACUCGUUAUUUCAAAUUUCAAAUGCAGAGAGUUGAAAGGGAUGGAGAGGGCUUUUGAAGAGGUUAAGAGGAAUGGUUAUAAACCUGAUCUUGUAAUUCUUAAUUCUAUGCUAGGCAUAUAUGCUAAAAAUGCAAUGUAUGAUCGAGCCCAUGAGAUGUUCCAUUUGAUCCAUCAGAGUGGGCUGAUGCCUGAUCUAAUCACACAUAACAGUUUGAUUGAUAUGUAUGCAAAGUGCGGUGAGUGUUGGAAGGCAGAAGAAGUUCUGAUAGGCAUUCAGAACGUGGGUCUGAAAGCUGAUGUUAUCUCCUACAAUACUGUAAUUAAUGGUUUUUGCAAGCAAGGACAAAUACAAGAGGCCAUGAGGAUAUUCUCAGAGAUGAUUGAAGCUGGGAUUCGACCAUGUAUAGUUACUUAUAAUACAUUCAUUGGUGCUUAUGCAAGCAGGGAGAUGUUCAGGGAGGCUGAGAAUGUGAUUAGUUAUAUGAUGAAUCAUGACUGCAGACCUAUUGAGUUAACUUAUAAGACAAUGAUUGAUGGUUACUGUAAAGCAAAAAGGUACAAUGACGCCAUGGAGUUUGUAAAUAAAAUUGCUGAAAUAGACCCUUCUUUUGAUGAGAGGUUGGUGCGAAAGCUGGCUCUCCGGUUAAAGGGCUAGUGAGUGUCACUGCACUAAAUUCCCUCUCUCUCUCUCUCUCUCUCUCUCUCUCUCUCUCUCUCUCUCGAUUUGUUUGAUUUUAUCCAGAAAAAGUUUACUAUAAUCUGGUGCUUCUAUCUUCUGUUUUCAUCUUUUGUUAAUUUUGGCUCUUUAAACAUCCUAUAAAUUGUUAGUUAUGUUAAUAUAAAUCUCAUAUGGUACAGCUAGAAUUCAACAUCAACCAGACAGUUAUCAAGAAA